AUGGCCGGCUACAACCAGGUACCUGACUCCCAGUCAGGCGACAACGCAUUCGCCAACAACUUCGCCAACAACCCUUUCGAAUACCAUGUCGACAACCCCGUCCUGCAUGGUUCUGCAUACAACGUGCAGCCAAUUGCUGGUCCUCCCGCCCAAGAUGGUGCUUCGCAUGCGAUGCUACCAGGGCUGGAGGAACGCUCCUGCCUUGGCCACGCUGGGGUGCAUGAUGCAAGCGGGCGGGUACUCGAAUGCAUCAAAUGUUCCUGGCCUUUCAGCACCAAUGGCGAGCUCCGCAAGCAUGGGAAACAGAAAGGCCACAGCCCAUACGGGUGCACCUGCGGUCAGAAGUUCACUCGACAUGACACUCUCAAACGACACAUCUCUGAGAACUCUGCCAAUGCUCUUCAAUACCCCUGCCACUACUGCGACAGGCACACUGGCGACCAAGCUUUCAAGCGAGCCGACCAUCUCACGCAACAUCUGAGAGUCUACCACCAUGUCGAUACCGUCGACAAGCUCUUCCAGGACAGGGCUUCCAAGUCGUCAUCGCCGCAAGGACCAGUUGUGAUCAACAGCGAGUUCUUCCAGAACCAGGCUCCCGAGUGGUACCCGGUACCAGCCGUCGCCAAUAACGAGCCUGCCCUUGAGCCCAUGCCACCUUUCCCGUGCCUUGUUCCCGGGUGCCCCAAAUGGGGUGAUCUAGGCUACCUUCGACAGGUCGAUCUCGAUGAGCAUCAGGCCCUGGUGCAUGGCUUUGGAAUGCAGAAUUACGAGACUUUCCAGCUGCCGUUCAACCAGAAUGGUGAAUAG